GUUGUUUCUGGGUUGGCGGCACAACAAGGAAGAAGAUUCAACCUCAACCAUGGUGGCUGUGAAGAAAACGAAGAAGACCCAUGAGUCUAUCAACAACAGGCUCGCUCUGGUGAUGAAGAGUGGCAAGUUCACUCUGGGUUACAAGACCGUCAUCGACACUCUCCGUAACUCCAAAGGGAAGCUCAUUAUAAUCUCCAACAAUUGCCCUCCUCUCAGAAAGUCCGAGAUCGAGUACUACGCCAUGCUUGCCAAGGUUGGAGUUCAUCACUACAAUGGAAACAAUGUUGACCUGGGUACUGCAUGUGGCAAGUAUUUCCGAGUGUCGUGCCUUAGCAUCAUUGAUCCUGGUGAUUCGGAUAUCAUCAAGACACUGCCUGGUGAUCAGUGAUUGACUGUUGUACUGCCUUCUCUAUUCAGUUUUUGGUUUUUAGGCUUGUUCGCUAUCAUUCCAAUGAUGUAAUCCCCGCUAUUUUUUUGAAGAUUUUGUUUGCGUUUUUGUUAGUAGCGACUUGAUAUGAGAGACUUGAUCGUGCUGUUAAGCCGAUCAUUUAAGUUGAUUUUGUUAUAAUUGGGUACUAUUUUUCACAUUGUGUCAUACUCUAUCGCAACCACUAGUAGGGUUGGUAUUGGUAGGUAUACCGGUUUUAUUUACCAAUACCAUGUACCAACCAACGUAUGAUUGGUAGGUAAAAUCCUCUAUCAAAACCAACCGUCGAAGUUGGUAUACCGACUUGGUUGGUACGGUUGGUAAUAGGUAUCUACUAAGUUUAGAUUGUGGCCUAAAAAUUGAAGUAAUAAAUAUAAUUUUUUCACAAAUAU